AUGAGUAGCAUGGCGUCGAGGCUGGGCUGCCUCGUCGUCAACAUAGCCCUCGCUCGCUCGGCCCGGGAGCCCGCGCCCCGGUCCGCGGACGCGCUGCUCGACGGCCUCGUGCGCGCGCAGCGCUACGCCGCGUGCCGGAAGAGCCCCGAGGCCUUUCGGCGGCUCCAGUGGCUGUCGCGGUCCGUCGACGGCAACGGCACGCGGCUCAAGGACGUCCAGGGCGCCAAGGUCUUCGCCGCCUUCGUCGCGACGCCGCGCGUCGAGGAGCGGCGCGCCGUCUACGCGCGGAACCCAAAGGUCGUCUCCGAGUGGUUCAUGCACCUCGACCUCCACGGGCUCGCGCACGGCGGGCCGGGCCGCGCGGAGUGGGCCUGGUCCGCGUUCACGAACCACGAGGGGGAGCCGACGAGCAUGCCGCGGAAAUUCGACGCGAACCGGCUGCGCUGCGCGCCCGGCGACGUCGCCUUCACCUUCGUGCGCGAGCCGUCGCGGACGUUCCUCAGCGGCCUCGCGCAGGCCGCGUGCACGCUGCGCCGCGGCGACCGCGAGGCCGCGCCGGAGCCGCGGGGCACGUGGCUCGACGCGGCCUACCCGCCCUUCGGGGACGGGGCGCGGCUCGUGGAGGCGUACCUCGACGACAUGGACGCCGGGCGGUCGAUCCACCCCAAGUCGGAGCACACGUGGCCCCAGGCCCACAAGGUCGACUUCGUGCGCCGCGCGGGCUGCGGCGACUUUGCCUUCAUCGGCACGAUGGAGACCCUCGAGGCGUCCUUCGUCGCGCUCUUCCCGCGCGCGACGCUCCCGCUGCCGCCGGCGACGCACACCGCGGGCGAGGACGAGUGCAAGCGCAACCUGACCGCGUCCAUCGGCGGCCUCGCGGCGCGGCCGGACCUCCAGCGCCGCGUCUGCGCCGCCGUCGCCGUCGACUACGACUGCUUCGACUACGAGCUGCCGCCCGCCACGAACGCCUCGUGCACCGUCGACGCGCUCUGCGUCUACACGGACGCCGUCACGUCGUACGAGAUCGACGUCGCGGCGGGCGAGACGCAGACCGUCUUUACGAUCGCGGCGGGGCAGGAGCGCACGUGGAUCCAGCUGGACGCGACGGGGGACAUCGACUUGAAAUUAGCCACCUCCGACGGCGUCGUGCUCCUCGACUACGGCACGGGCACGAACUGGGCCGAUUCGUUAACUGAAUUCACCUACGCCGGGAUGACCUUCGAGUUCUGCGUCGACGGCUGCGACGCGGACAUCACGGUGGGGCCCUACUACGACGGGAGCAGCUACAACGUCGUCGGAGACGCGUCCUACUACGACGAGUACCUCUACCUGGAGGACGCCGCGACGGAGGAUUUGGUGGUCUCGGUGGUCAGCUCCGGCUCCGGGCCGCCGCCCGAAAAAGCUGACGGGCAAGACGAUCACGCCACGGGCACGCUCAGCGUGCUCUACGACUGCCCGGGCACGAUCUACACGAAAACUAUGUACUACGAUAAUGGAUUUAUAUUUAAAGAACUCGGGAAAGGUUUGAAGAGUUUAGAAAUUCCUGCACUAGCGAAUCUUAAUCCUAGCGUAACAAAUGGACUUGAUGUAUUAAUUUUGACACAUCCUUUAACACACGAGAAGUGGAGUCCAAAAACAGACAGAAUCACGUUGGGUCAUAAAACUCAUUAUUCCAAUAUUAAGAAAGUCAGAACAAACUACGAGUUCUGGUGCGCGCGCGCGAAGGAGCUCUGCUCGGAGAUGUCUUUAUCUCCGUCUAAUUAUUAUUUUUGA